AUGGCAUCCACGGCAGCCCUAGAGGUGGAAGCCUAUGUGCUACCAACCAAUUUACGACUCAAACAACGCGCCCAAAUAGUGGCUGCCCGCCUCAGCACCCUUCCAGAGGAUCACCCAGGCCGAAGCGGACCUCGAUUCCCUCUGGCGGAGACCCUGCGGACAAUGGACCUUACUCGACUCCAGGCUCUAGAAACAAUUGAUCCAACCCCCCCACCACCAUGGCAGACACCAGCAUUUAUAGAAAUCGACAUUGAACUAGACUGGGAUAAAGCCAAAGAUAAAGCAUCUGCUAGGCAAAAAGCAUCUAGCAUCAUGGUCUUCUCCGAUGUAUCAGGCCAACAGAACGCACUAGGAGCCGCAGCAGUAGCGCUAGACUAG